AUGGCUGAUAAGUUCGUCACCGCACAUGCCGGAGCCAGGAAAGCAGAAGCGAGAGUAAAUGAUAUAUUCGCCAUUAAACAAGUCCCUGGCGAAGGACUCGGGGACUUCCUUGCCCGGUUUAACCGUGUUAGAAUGACUCUCCCAAAUGUAUCGGAAGGAAUGGCGGUAGCAGCAUUCCAAAAUGGGCCGAACAGGAGCGGUUCGAGGGCGACCAAAAAAUUAUUGAGCCGGCUCAUGAAAUACCCUCCUACCACUUGGGACGAAAUAUAUAAUGCCUAUUGUACCGAGGUGAGAGCAGAUGAGGACGACCUCAACGGACCAACCCAACGAUUGACAUCGGUCCAAAUGGAGUCGAUAAAGGAUCGGAGAUAUGAUAAUAAGAGAGAUCUAGCAGGACCCCGUCCUAACCAGGAAAGACAUCAGCCUUACAGCCGAGGUACCCUCAUGUCGCCUCCCCGACAUGACGAAGGCCCUUCUAGGCCAAAAACAGGAACUCAUCGGAAUGAGAGAGAUAUGCCCCCCUUAUUAUCUGCUCAUAAUUUCUGUGUUUCCCCCUCAGAAAUAGUUUACGCACUGGAGAAGCUCGACCCAAAAUUAAAGUGGACGCAAAAGAUGAGGUCCGACCCGAGCACUAGAAAGUCAAAUGCCCUCUGCGAGUUCCACCAGGAGCGAUGCCACAAAACCGAGGAGUAUAUCGCCUUAAGACAAGAGGUCGUGAACAUGCUACACCAAGGGCACUUGAAAGAACUGAUGAGCGACUGA